UUAAACAUGGCUUCUGAGGCUGCUCAGAAUUUCCUUCAGCCACUGUCUUCUUGGAUGUCUCAAAUAUACGAAGCUAUCCAACAAGCAGGAGACUCUAUAUCUGCUUCACUGCUGAAUUUGAGUGGAGUGGGUCGUAAGUCAGAAGAAGAGAGGAACCGGGACUUGGAGAAUAAUGGAGGAGUUUAUGAGGAUUAUUCUGAGGCAUCAGAUGAUGAACAACACCUGGACCUCUGGGAUGAGGAAUACAUAUAUCCUAGAGAAGAUGGUCACAUUGGGAGUCCUGAUCUUGCUUCACACGACCUCCCUCAUGGCUCUGACAUGGGUCUGCAGAGGCAAAAACAAGUUAAAAAUACCAGCAGUUUACCAGAGCAAUGUGUUGAAAGCACCAGAUCUUUGACAGCCAAUGGAUCCUACUGGACGAAUGAAAAUCUCCAGCUGCUUGAUCAGCUUCCUCCCAUCGCUGAGGAAGAAGGCGAGCCCUCUAUAAGGAUGGGAGAUCAUGAGUGCAACCUCAGCUUGGGUGACUCCUUAAAAAGUAAAAAUGGCAAGGCAAGUUUUGCAGAUCUGGAUGGACUAAGCCAACUGAGUUACCAAGACAACCUGUCCUAUUUUGAAGAUGACCACGUAUCUGUUGAUUCAAGAACAACAAUUGAGAGCAGGGGCACUGGACAGCGUGAAGGGCCUAGGAUGGAGUCCAGCAUUGCCGAUGGCAUUGGCCAGCAAGCCACGGAAGGUUGUUUGGAAACGGAGACAGCAUAUACCAACCAGAUAUUUGAAGUAAAUGACGCUACUGACAGCUCGUCGGCUUGGAGCCCUGAGGAACAUGAUGAAGGGAAGAGUGUACCAGCUCAUCAUGGUGCUCAUGAGCCCAUCUGUAAAUGUGGUGAUCUAGAUGUCAUCUUCCACUAUAAAGCCUCAAGUCAAAAGCUAGUAGUUACGGUCCUGGAGGCCAGAGAUAUCCCAGACAAAGACCGCAGUGGUGCCAACACCUGGCAAGUGCACACAGUCCUGAUGCCUAGCAAGAAACAGAGGGGUAAGACAAGCGUUCAGAGAGGACCCAUCCCAAGCUUCAAGGAUAAAAUUACCUUCAGUAAGCUGGAGCCAGAGGAGUUGAGCAGCCACGCCAUUCGUUUCCGACUCUAUGCGGUACACAAGAUGAUUGGAGAGAAGAUGAUGGGAGAACAGUUGUUCUACCUGAGCAACAUCAGCCAAGAAGGAGAAGUGAAGCUGACGUUGGUCUUGGAGCCAAGGAGUAAUUUGAGCAGUGCAGACUCUCAGCUUAGUCUGUCAGCAAUCUCUCACAGUGAUAGCGCUUCUUCAACACAGUCCCUGUCGCAUGGAGGGGUGCCAGAGCUGCUCGUGGGAUUGUCAUACAAUGCCACUACGGGGCGGCUGUCAGUGGAGAUGAUCAAAGGCAGUCAUUUCCGAAACCUCGCAAUUAAUAGGCCACCUGACACCUACGGAAAGCUCUGCCUGCUCAACUCUGUGGGCCAGGAGAUGUCUCGCUGCAAGACCUCUAUCCGUCGCGGACAGCCCAAUCCCGUCUACAAGGAAACUUUCAUCUUCCAGGUUGCCCUUUUCCAGCUCUCUGAUGUCACGCUAAUGAUCUCCAUAUACAACAGGCGCAGCAUGAAGCGCAAAGAGAUGAUCGGCUGGAUUUCUAUGGGUCAGAACAGCAGUGGAGAGGAAGAGCAGAGUCAUUGGCAGGAAAUGAAGGAGUCAAAGGGGACACAGGUCUGCAGGUGGCACACGCUACUGGAGUCCUAGUGGUUACCAGGGCAACCUGCGGUUCCUGGGACUAUGAGCUGUCUUCCCUUGUUCUCAGUCAGCAGAAAACAGCUAUCCCAUGGCAAGCACCAUGCUCUGAUGGGUCACGUA